AAAAUAAGAUCAUCAUCAUGGUCUGCUUAAAAUAUUUAUGUCCCCCUUAACACGCGCCCCUUUCUCUCUCUACACGGACACGUAGGGAGGCAGAGAGAGAGAACACACCCAAAAUUACUUCAUUACUCCCUCUGUCUUUCCCUCUUCCUGCUCUCUCUCUCUCUCACCCUCUGUUUAGGUUUAGGGUUUCGGAAUAUUUGCUUCUCUCACCAUUUCAUUUCCUAUUGGUUGAACUAGGAUUCUUUUAUCACUGCUGAUAGUCUCGAUUUCUUUCAAAUUAGGUUGUUAGAUGGAAGAGGAACGAGGAAAUUGAUGCAAGCUGAGUUGUGAUUGUGGUUUAUUUCUAUUUUUUUUAUUGGAUUCGGAUCAUGGAGAACGGUAACCAUGGGAAUUUAGCAAAUAAAAUGUCGGGAUUGUCGCUGAAUGAUUCAGCUUCGUUAUCUUCCAAUCUUAAUUUUGAUAUUAACAAUAGUACGGCCACUACUACUGCAACCACAGCCAACAACAAUAAUGAUAGCUUGUUUCAGGUUAUGAAAGCUGUAGAAGCUGCUGAGGCUACCAUCAGACAACAGGUAGAGGAGAAUAUGCGAUUAAGGACUGAACUUCAGAAAAAAAUUCAGGAACUUGAAAAAUACAAAGUAGAUGAAUCAAUUGCCCAAAGAUCUCACUCUAUUGAUCAAUGGAAUGAGCGGGUUCAUGGCCCUUAUGAACCUCAUCAAUCAGUUCCCUCUGUAGGUGAUCUAGAAGACAAGGUUAAGAGCAUGGGUAUUACUCCUGCAGUUCAGCCAUCUGGUAUGUUGGUUCUCCACCAAGAUUUAAAGCUUAAUAUGGAGGACCCUGCUAUAAAGAGUCGGGUGGAAAACCGUUCUGUCAGCAGCAAGAUCAAUGGGACAUUGAAGGUACUUUCUGGAGGGCAGGCAACUAUUGAUAGUGCUGGUUUAUCUCAGUUAUCUUCACCAUCCACAACAUCAUUUUCCCCAAGCAGGUUUCAAAUGGAUGGAGAAUAUGAUCCACAGUUAAAUUUGUCUUCUAAUGGGCAAAUGCAAAUGGCUGAAGUAAAUAACCCUAGUGGUCUCUGGAAGCAGGAUUUUAUUUCCAAGAUUCGUGAGCAUGAAGAAGAGAUUUUGCUGUUAAGGAAACAUCUUUCUGAGUAUUCUUUGAAGGAAGCGCAAAUACACAACGAAAAAUAUGUUCUGGAAAAGCGUAUUGCUUAUAUGCGUCUGGCCUUUGAUCAACAGCAACAGGAUCUUGUUGAUGCAGCAUCAAAAGCUCUCUCAUACAGACAAGACAUAAUUGAAGAAAAUGUACGCCUUACAUAUGAAUUGCAGGCUGCACAGCAAGAAAGAUCGACAUUUGUCUCAUCUUUGCUGCCCCUUCUCGCUGAGUAUUCUUUGCAGCCGCCAGUUCCAGAUGCCCAGUCUAUUGUUAGCAAUGUCAGGGUUCUUUUCAGACAUCUCCAGGAGAAGCUCAUUCAAACUGAGUCUAAGCUCAAGGACUCCCAGUAUCAAUUGGCACCUUGGCGUUCAGAUUUGAACCAUUCAAAUGUUGCUCCACAGUCGCCAUCUCAUUCCCCUGGUGGUGCAUUGAACAAACAUGGGCUUGAAUUAGUGGCGCAGCCAACAUAUUCUGAAGGAAAGAUACCAAUGACUCCUCUAGAUGCACAAACAACAGAUUGGGAUCAAUUGAGUCACCAGCAGAGGGGUUUAGGCGGUGCUGUUUCAAAAAAUCUAGAACUGGAUGAUGUUGUCAGAUAUUCACCUCUUGCAAGCAGGAACCCUGCGACCCAUGAUAUACAACAACAGUUUGCGGUUACUAGGGCUGAUGCUCGUGCUGUACAGUAUGGUGAUGAAACCAGUAAUAAACAAGUCACAUUCCGUGAACCUGUUAGUAACAAUGAGAGUGAUGAUCCAGAUACAGAGGGACAACAGAAUGAGGGAGAACCUUCAGCCAAUUGGGGAACAACUGCCCUUGAUGAUCCUGGCUCCUCAUAUUCGCCUUAUCUACCUCCUGUUCUCGAAGAACCUACUUCUUCAUUUUCUGAAGCUGCAGAAGAUGAUCCAUUGCCAGCUAUUGAGGGCCUCCAAAUUUCAGGUGAAGCAUUUCCUGGACGAGAACUCCAGGCAAGUGGAUAUUCGAUCAAUGGAACGACUAGUUGUAAUUUUGAGUGGAUACGCCAUUUGGAAGAUGGAUCUGUUGAUUAUAUUGAUGGAGCAAAACAACCAAACUAUCUUGUUACUGCUGAUGAUGUGGAUACAUAUCUUGCUAUAGAAGUCCAGCCUCUGGAUGACAGGAAGCGCAAGGGAGAGCUUGUAAAGGUGUUUGCAAAUGAGCAAAGAAAAAUCAUUUGUGAUCCUGAAAUGCAAAAGCAUAUUGAGAAAACGCUUUACAGCGGUCAUGCUUCAUAUAAAGUAUCCUUGUCGACUGGAUUUCUUGGUAUAUGGGAACCAGCCACUUUGGCCAUUAAGCGAGAAGGUUACAGUAUCAAGUGUAGUGGAUCGAGUGGUGUUGUAGUUACUGAGAAGUUUUCCCCAAACAUAAGUGUUGCAAUCCCAUAUGGACAGCCUACAGAAUUUAUAUUGACCAAUUCUAGUAAUGUUCAGCAUGUCUUACGAGUGGAUAGCAACUCAAUGGAUACUAGCUGUUCAAGAGACACAAUUGUGAUCAUCUUGAGAAUAUUUAUCAUGCGGGCUGGCGAAAGAAGAAAAGGAAAGAAGAAUCGUCUCUUCUUUCACAAAUGAGGCACAUUUUUAGUUUCAGCUGGUCCAGCUUGGGAAUAGCAUGUGUGCUGUCUCAAGGUGUAUAUUCGCGCAUUUUGAGGAUCAACUGUGCUGCCUAAAUUUAUGUGUAGGUUGUUUUAUGUCAAUUAUGUACAAUCAUGGGUAGUACUGCACCUUUUAUGUUCAAUGCUUUAUUAUUAUUAUUUUUUGGGUAUCCAUCA